AUGGUGAAUAUCGCACGGGAGAUUCUACGAAGGCAGUAUAUAGAGCUAACGAGGGAUGACAACUGCACAUUCUCGGUAGGGCUGGAGGACGAUGACCUCUUCCAGUGGAGAGUCUGUUUCGAGGGGCCAUACGGCACGCCCUUCGAGGGAGGCAUCUUCACCGUCGUCAUCACAUUCCCCGACACAUUCCCCAACAACCCGCCACAAAUGAAGUUCGAACAGAAGAUGUGGCACCCCAACAUAUACCCGGACGGCAGGGUAUGCAUAUCCAUACUGCACCCGCCGGGGAUGGACAUCUUCAACGACCAGGAGGCGCCGGAGGAGCGCUGGAGGCCGGUUCUCAGCGUGGAGAGCAUCAUACUCAGCGUCAUAUCCAUGCUCUCCGAGCCCAACGCAGAGUCGCCUGCAAACGUAGACGCAGCUGUGGAGUUCAAAAAUGACCCGCAGGGCUACAAGCGACGGGUGCAGAUAUUUGCCAGGAACACCGUCAUGUGA